UCAAAGAGAAAAGGAGGAAGGCACAUCACGUGAUACGUCCAAACAAUUGGUUGGGAAUUGGAUUCUCCUCUUCUUUUGCAGCGGUGGAACUCUCCGGCGCCGGCGACGAACGGACGGAGGUAGGGAGAGGGAGAAUCCGUAGACAGUGAGAGGGCCGAGGUCUCCUUCCCCGGCUCCAAUGGCGAACGCAGCGGACAGCGACAAGCCGCUGAGGAAGAUAGCCGAGGCUUUCAAGGAGCUAGCGAUUGUCGUGAACUCCCAGGAUGCGGGAGGGGCUGACGUCUCCGUCGCACCUUUCUCUCGCGCCUGCUCCCUCGUCUCCCCUCUCUUCGGCUGCCUGGGCAUCGCUUUCAAGUUCGCCGAGAUGGAUUACGUCGCCAAGGUUAAUGAUCUUCUAGAGGCAUCCAAAUCUAUCAACACCCUGCACACUUUGAUUGAUCUCGACGUGGAAGGAAACUGCGUCCGGAAAGCUGGGAGUCGUACCAGAAACCUUUUGCGGGUCAAGCGCGGCCUGGACAUGGUCAGGGUGCUGUUUGAGGAAAUUCUAGCAACAGGGGGAAAUUCCUUGAAAGAUCCAGCGUCUAAAGCUUAUGCUCAGGUUUUUGCUCCUCAUCAUGGUUGGGCUAUUAGGAAAGCUGUAGCUGCGGGAAUGUAUGCCCUCCCUACAAGAGCGCAGCUAUUGAGGAAACUCAAUGAAGAUGAAAACUCGGCAAGAAUUCAUAUGCAGAGUUACAUCACGGCAUCAACUCCUCUUAUUCUCUACAUCAACGGACUCUUUACUUCUAGAGAUUUGGGCGUCGACUGGUAAAACACAGGUUGCAUUUUUUGUGCCAUGCGCUACUAUAUACCAUUUGUAGGGCAUUGGGAAUAAAAUGUAAUUAGUUUUAUCUUUUUAAUCUCGACUCUGGUAGUCUUUCUGCAAAUGGAAGCAUAAAGCCAUUGUUGUUUCAAUAUCAUCAUUUCCGCGAUGGGCUUUAUUUUAUUUGCACAUUGAAACAUGUAGUAUGAGCAGAGUUCAGAUCGAAGGCAAACGGGGGAAUGAAUUAUCACAA